UAUUCAUUUAUAUACCCCCCUUAGACUUUCACACACAAGCGCACAGCUUCUCUGCAUCCUCAUUGGCGAGCAACAGAUGCUCUCUUGUGCGAUUGGAUAAAAGUUUCACUUCAGUCUUGAACACACAAACACACGCACGCACGCACCCCUCCUCUUGGCGUACCGCUAUUAUUCCACUCCACUUAUUCCCAGUCCAGGAAAAGUCCGUUAGUCAAAGCACAGAGGAGACGCAGCGAGGAGAUGCUGUCCACCUGAUCAAAGCGCUACAGUUUUUGUUGACUGAUCUGAGAGGAAAACUUUUGGAUAGAAGAUAUUGGAAAAGAACACCUUUGGGGGAAAAGAAACAACGUUGGACAAAAGUUUUUAGAAGAAAGGAAAACUUCGGAUUGAAGGCUCAAACGUUCCCAACAGGUGCACAGAUAUAUUUACGCACUAUAAGGAGUAAAAGAGAUGGCCUCCGCGGCUCUGGAGAUCCUGGGUCUGAUCCUGUGCGUCUUCGGCACGCUCUUGGAGAUGGUCGCCUGCGGGCUGCCCACCUGGAAGGUGACCGCCUUCAUCGAGGCCAACAUCGUGGUGGCCCAGACCAUCUGGGACGGCCUGUGGAUGUCGUGCGUCGUGCAGAGCACCGGCCAGAUGCAGUGCAAGAUCCACGACUCCAUGCUCGCCCUCGGCCACGACCUCCAAGCCGCGCGCGCUCUCACGGUCAUCUCGUCGGUCAUGUGCGUCAUCGGGCUGAUGGUGGUGAUCGCCGGCGCGCAGUGCACCAACUGCAUCAAGACGGACAACGUGAAGGCGCGGGUGGUGAACGUCGGAGGGGUCAUCUACAUCAUUAGUGCCAUAUUCAUGCUCGUGCCCCUGUGCUGGAUGGCCAACAGCAUCAUCUCUGACUUCUACAACCCGCAGGUGCCGGCGGCCAAGAAACGGGAGAUCGGAUCGGCGCUCUACAUCGGCUGGGCGGCCACCGCGAUGCUGCUGCUCGGGGGAAGCAUGCUCUGCUGCUCGUGUCCGGCCUCUGGAAGCUCCGGCUACUCGGUCAAAUACGCGCCCACCAAAAGAGCAACACCCAACGGGGACUAUGACAAGAGGAAUUACGUUUAGAGAUGAUUUUUUACAAUAAAAUUGUUGUUGUGUGUUGCACCUGCAGAUAUGUCGGCUCUCUCGUAAAACUUCAGACUGAUUUUCCUUUUUUAAGCAUCUUGGACUACUGAUUGGAUCAGUUUGUUUUAUUUAACAUGACGUCUUUUUGAGGAUAUGAAAGGUGAACAUUUUAUAAUAACUUUCACAAAACAUUGUGCAAUGCUUAACAGAUCAAUAAAAUACUUUCAAUGUCCUGAAACAUACAGUAUUCAUGUUUUAACGUGCAUGAUCUGUUAAACAUUAUAGAAUUUAGCAUCCGAUUGGCUAAAAUUGAUUUAAUCCUUUAAUAAUAAUUUUCAGUAACACUAUGUUGCUGAUAAUGAGCCGAGUUGAUAUACUUGAUAUGUGUAAAUGUGCAUAAACUACUGAUCUGUUAAACAUAAUGUGUGUUUUCACAAUGAAAGUUAUUGUAAAGUGUUUCCUCUUUGUUAAAAGUGCUGUUUCAAAACUUUAUUGAGGAUAUUCACAUGGUGAAAAAGCAACAAUAAUCUGACAAAAUAUCUGAAUUUUAGGUACCUCGAAAAGUUUGUAAGCUUGUAAAAGUUUGUAAAAGGCUAAAACCAUUAAGUUAGUGGCUGUAGCUGUUCAAAGAUGUUUACCGAUGUGUUCAAUGUGCUGAAGGCGUGAUGUUUUAGUGUGUAAAUGUGGAGGAAUCUGCUUCGGCACAUUUGCAGAGACUCUUCAACACUUGGAAUGUCAGCCAGGACAAACAGCUGGAAAACUGAAGACAGCGACUCCUGACUGAUCUGUUACUCUCAACUCACCCGUCCACACUGUUGCUCAAAGCUAAACAAGGCUACACGAGAAACAAAGUCAAGCAGGAUCUACAUCCACUAUGGAUAAUGUCUGUUUUUUGGGAUUAUCCUGCCGGUAUAGUGCCUUGCUGUAUGCAAACUUUCAUGGAUGGGUAUCUUCAUGUUCCUUGAACUUAAGACCUCUACAUUCAGUUUAUUCAGCUCGUCUGAAAUGGUUAUGUUUUUGUAAUUUUUUUUUAAAUUGUCUUUUUAAAUUUUUGAAUAAAAUGUUCUUUGGAAUAAACAUUUACAGUUUUGACACAAAUAUGAAUGUUUGUGUUUUUAAUACCUCUAAUACAUACCAAUACGCAUCGAAUACAAGCUCAACAUCAGGUUUCAAAAGCCAUUCUUAUACAACAAUUAUUGGUUUAGUUAUUAGUUUUGAUGCUAAACAAAGCCAUGAAGGCUUAUAUUUAUCAUUAAAGGAAUAAUGAAGGUUCUCACCCAUUCAUUAAAAUGUCACUGAAUAAGUGUUUGAUGCAGAACCGAGUGGUUGGAAAAUGAAAAACUGUGUACAGUCAUUUGUGAAGUAUAGUGUAACUGGUUCUCCAAAACCUUGUUUCUUAAGGCUUAGCUGGUCAUAUGGCCACUAAAUGCAGCAAAAACACGUCAGUCACACUUAAGAGUGUGCGGCAGAACCGCAUGACCUGAUUUUAC